AUGGGAACUCAAGCAACAGGAACUCAAGCAGCAGAAGCUCAAGUAACGGGAAUUCAAGCAAUGGGAACUCAAUCAACAGGGACUCAAGCAACAGAAACUCGAGCAAUGGGAACUCAAGCAACAGGAACUCAAGCAGCAGAAGCUCAAGUAAUGGGAAUUCAAGCAAUGGGAGCUCAAUCAACAGGGACUCAAGCAACAGAAACUCGAGCAAUGGGAACUCAAGCAACAGGAGCUCAAGCAGCUGAAGCUCAAGUAACGGGAAUUCAUGCAAUGGGAACUCAAUCAACAGGGACUCAAGCAACAGAAACUCGAGCAAUGGGAACUCAAGCAACAGACACUCAAGCAACAGAAACUCAGGCAAUGUUAACUCAAGCAAUGUUAACUCAAGCAAUGGGAACUCGAGCAACAGAAACUCAAGCAACAGAAGCUCAAUUAACGGGAAUUCAAGCAAUGGGAACUCAAUCAACAGGGACUCAAGCAACAGAAACUCGAGCAAUGGGAACUCAAGCUACAGGAACUCAAGCAGCAGAAGCUCAAGUAACGGGAAUUCAAGCAAUGGGAACUCAAUCAACAGGUACUCAAGCAACAGAAACUCGAGCAAUGGGAACUCAGGCAACAGGAACUCAAGCAGCAGAAGCUCAAGUAACGGGAAUUCAAGCAAUGGGAACUCAAUCAACAGGGACUCAAGCAACAGAAACUCGAGCAAUGGGAACUCAAGCAACAGGAACUCAAGCAGCAGAAACUCAAGUAACGGGAAUUCAAGCAAUGGGAACUUAA